AUGCAACUGCUGGAACUAAACAAUCGUUUCAACGAGAUGAACACUGAAUUACUUCUUUCUGUCGCAUGUUUAAGUUCUAUUGACUCGUUCUCUGCAUUUGACAAAGAGAAACUGAUUCGUUUUGCUCGGUUUUACGCAAGAUAUUUUUCUCCUACUCAGCUUGUGUUACUUGAAUACCAACUACUAAAUUACAUUGUUGAUGUGCGGUCUAGCAAUGAGUUUUUAGAUUUGAAAGGAAUUGCUGAUCUUGCAGUCAAAAUGGUGGAGACAAAAAAGGAUAUAGCGUACCCUUUGGUUUACUUUCUUCUCACAUUAGCAUUACUCCUACCAGUUGCUACUGCCACCGUAGAAAGGGUAUUUUCUGCCAUGAAAAUUGUGAAAAAUCGUUUGCGUAAUAGAAUGGGAGACGAAUGGAUGAAUGAGGUACAUAUUCGACCUGAUCGGAGAUGCUACUAUCAUGAACAGGUUUCAGAAAAUGAGGACUAG